GUCUAUUAUUUUAUGAAUUCAUAUUGAUCCUCUAUUAUUUAUCAAUCAUUCAUAAAUAUAACUCAUCGUCAGAUUCUUGAAUACACCUUUGGAGCCGUUUACAUUGUGAUAACAGUCCUUCAUUUGGACACCCUUCAGAUAAACACCACCCUCUCGAAUAAGACCUGCCCCAGCGACAUGCGAAAGAUAUGGCAACAGGUCCGCAAGCAUUCUAUUGCCUGUGGCAGAAGGAGCGAAUCCGUGAAAAGCUCUUCGAACUACUAUCAAAGGAGGACAUCUGUAAUAUUCGACUCGCAUCUUCAGCAUGCUGCAAUCUUGUUACCAAACGACUAUUCUUACGAACCCACUUGACCUUCUCAGCCCAUACCUUCACUCGACAGAGUAGAAUUCAAGCUUUGUCGAGGGUAGGCCAACAUAUAGAACACCUUACCUUUUAUUUUCCCCAUUCAGAAGCUACUUUUCUACCUCCACUGAUACACCCUGAGAGUGGGCGUGAGAUCAGCUUCUUGUAUAAGCCUCACACCUCAAUGGCCUCGGUCCUAGAACGGCCCAAGUUCGCCAACUCAGGACUUGGACAGGUCCUCACGGACCAGUACCCACCGCUCUUCCACGCCGCUUCUAAUGUACCGUCUUUCAUCAAUGCGAUGAAGCACUUGCCCAACAUGAGGCACCUCACCAUUAAGACGCCAGGUCAAGACCCUAGAGAGAGGUACCGAAGAGACAUUGUCGACUAUGCGCUCAUCAGCCUUCGGAUAUCACUUGAGCGGGCGGAGAUGAAGAAGCUUACCAAGCUUUCAUUAUCAUCCAUCCAUCCCUCCGCCUUUAUCUACUUGCGACAUGCCAUUGGCUUCGGCUGUCUGCCAUCGGCGGCCCGGCGAUGGAAGCAGAUCCGGAAACUGCACAUUUCUGUAGAAUCGUGGGAUUUCUAUGGCCCUUCGCCUGGACUUGACCAUCUUAAGAUGAUUGACGACUAUAUUCGAGACUUCUCAACCUGCUUGGAGAAAUUAACAUUUACAUGGCUUGGUCGUAAGGGACCAUGCCCACUAUCUCUCGCAGCUGACCCAUUAUUUGCGCCGCCUCGGAGUUCCAUGAAGCUCUUCAAUGAAGUCACUUCACCUAUGUCGCCAUUGCCGCCAGUACCAUUAAGGAAACCUAUUGUCUUCCAAAAACUACGUUAUAUGGCAGUUCGAAAUGCCACAAUGAAUGCGCCCCAAGUAGCAGCAUUAGUUUCGGCGCAUAGGCAUAGUGUCCGAGAAUAUGACUUUGAGAACGUUGUUCUCAUCAAUGAUGGUAGCUGGGAUGAAGCCUUGGCACCCUUAAUGAAUAGAAGAUCUCGCAGCAACCGAUGGACUCGACACUCAAUGGCUACUAUUGAAGAGACUCCUAGUGUCCGUUCUUUGGAACUGACAGAUGAUAUACCAGAUGACAUGCCGGAAGAAUCAGCGGCGGUGUCAGCAGUGUCUCAAGAGCUCCUAGAGUUCGACCUUAACGGUGGUGAAGGCGACCAGGACGAAUUACCGGAACAGGAGCUAGAACCAGAACAAGAAGAGGAGCUUGAACUACCUUCAGACCUAGAAUCCGCCCGGCAGGCCAGCCUUUCAUUCCCGAAUAAGCUCAAGAAGCGUCGUAUUACUAAGCGACGUCGUAGAAAGAAGCCAAAGCAACAUCAUGAUGACGAUGAACAUGAGCAUGAAUAUCAUGAACGAUAUCAUCGUCGACAACCCUCCAAAGACUCAAUUGACCAACCUAGCAACGAACACCGUCACCAUCGUCGUCACCGACAUAAGAAAGACAAGGACUUCACGGAGGAUCCACCUGAGACUCCACGCCCAAUCCAUAGUCGCCAACCCUCACACGAAUACCUCAGUCAUCCUCAAGAACCACCACAAUUAUCCAUCUCACCUCAAUCCUCUCGCCCUCGCUUAUUCGGCGAGGUCGAUAGCGUGUAUUCUACAUCAUCACGCCGUCUCUUCGGCGAAGUAUCCCGCCUUUCACAUUCCGGCUCAGAGCCCGAGCCAGAACUCAUGCACUCACCCAUCGACGAAUCAGACUCCGUCGUGGAUGAGUACUUCCGCCCCGCCACUCCUACCACCACACCCAUGGAUAUCUCCGCUCCCAUUCUUGGUAACGCGCCUAGCAUGCCUAUCUUACUAGAACCCACCGUGUAUGAUCCCACAGCCGAGCUCUGCUCUGAAAUCACAGCCGUGCAGCGUGAUAUAGAAGCUGAAGAGGCUUUAAGACUCGUAGCCGAGGACGCGGAUUACCAGACUAGUGCGCUGAAAAGGGCUAAGGAACUCGUGCUUAGUCGCCUGGGGCGUGAGUUAUCUACUAGUAGCCGCGGCAGCAAUAACACACAAAAUACCAACAACACUAGUAGCAGCGGUUUUUUAAAAAGGGGUGGUAAUGGCGGGGGAUCUAAAAAGGAGACCUUUGGCGCGGGAGGUUUUCUUAGUAGCGCGAGGUUCCGCGAGGGUCUCUUUGGAAAGAGUAGUGCUACGCUGCAACCUGUGAAGUCGGUACAGACGUUACAGGAUCACGCGAGUAUGGAUGUGCCGAUUUUGUUUAGUCGGGCAUGAAGGAGGUGUAGAUAUGGUGGGGGGUGUGAUAUGAGGUGAUGGCUUAUGACUUGUAAUGAUUACGAUGAUUUUCUCUUCGAUAUGAUUGAAUGAUUAGUACAUUCUUUUUGAUAAUAGACUUUUAUCUUCUUUGUUCAUA